AAGCUGCUGGGAGAUUACAGUCGGGAAUGGAAAAGUACGCUACCUCCCAUAUUACCUUCCUUGCCCGGAAAUCUUGUAAGUGUCCCAUUUUGUAUGUAAUUAAUAACACAGAUCGUUGUUACAGGAGCUGUACUUCACUGACAGUAUAAAUAGUUAUUAACAAGUAGUCACUUGUUCUUUAUUUUAUGCGAUGAUGAAUCUGUAAUUAGUCAGUCUCUUAAAACUACAUGGCUCUAACGCAAACUUGUCUGCUUGCCCUUCAGGACAGCUCUGUAUUUGUACAGCGUGAGUGAGGCCUUGUCUAUUGCAGAUCACAGAGGCCGUGACUAACAGGUUAACAUUGGCUUUGUUAUCAGGGUGUAAUUACACACGUGCACGUGUACACACAGGAUCUCACUGUGCUUUGAGACGUGGAUCAAGUAUCCCAGCUCACAAGAUGGAGAAACACAGGUCAGAGAGGUGACAUGAACGAUCCUAUAAGGAGUUCUGUCAGAGUUAGAAAUAAUCCCCCAGUCUCCUAAUCGUGUUCAUCUUCUUCACUCUAUGAUCUGUGCUUUUCACUUGCUUUAUGAAUGUAUUUGCGUUGUGGCAGCACUUGAGUCAUGGACCAGAAGCCUAUUUUGAACAAAAAGAAAGGGAAGAUGCUUCCCCAGAAAUCUUACAGUUUAAGGGGUCAGCUUCAUUGCAUCACGCAAGCUAAUGUACGGAUAGCUGACUUAGCAUUGGUCCUAAAAUCUGCCUCAAAACUGCAUAAAAGAGAAUUUACACUGUGGAGGAACAGGUUAUAUGGCCUAAGUGACUUCACUGCCAUAUCCAACCGUAACUGUAACAUGACAAGCCACGGCUUUUCCCAUCCUUUGUCAUGACCUACUAAUCUUGUAAAAACAAAACAAAAAGAUGCAAAUAGGAAAGGUGAUCUCUUACAGAAGCAUUCUGAUUAUUUCAAGUCAUUAAAAAACAUUGUGUCUAGUAAGAUGCUUAUUUCUGUGAAUGCUGUUUAAAGUGUGAUAUAUUUCAGGUAGUUCAUCCCUCCGGGUGAACAGGAACAGGUAUGCAGGGAAUGCAGCACGUAUGUGACCAGAAGUGGCAGUCCCCAGCAAGCAUGUGCUUCCCUUGAUUUUCACCCCUAAACUCUGACUUGACUUGCCUAGACGUGGAGAGCUGCCAGUUUCUCUCUGUCCCUGUUCCGUUGUGUGCUGUUUCCAAAGUGUUACUCGCCUGACAGCCCUUGAAGGUGCGUACAGGCAGCGUCUAACUCUCUGUACCAGGCAGAGUAGCGUCCGCAGCAGCUGGAGCGAGAACUUGGACAGCUGUCGGUACACCAGCAGGUCCUGAAACUGAACCAGGUUCUUGUUUUUGGAAAAGUGUUACAAUCCCUUUCUUUUCCUACCUCAUCAUGCAGCUCCAUGAAACUCCAAUAUACAGAAGAGAAGCCAGUCCAGCUUUUUCCCCAAUUAUUUUAUCAGCAGCCAAGAGUGCUGGCUCCAGAGCGUCAGGAUGUGCUGACAAUCACGCCAUGGCUGGCCCCCAUCAUCUGGGAAGGAACCUUCAAUUCUGAGAUCCUAGACGGUGCCUACAGGCCGCUGAAUCUCACCAUAGGGGUGACAGCCUUUGCCAUUGGAAAAUAUACAAGGUUUGUGGGCCGCUUCUUGGAGUCAGCAGAGAAACAUUUCAUGAAAGGCUAUCGAGUGAACUAUUAUAUCUUCACUGACAACCCUGAGACAAUUCCCAAUGUCCAGCUGCAGCCUGGACGAAGGUUUGUCAUUGUCCCCAUCAAGAAAUACCCUAGCUGGCAAGCGAUCUCCAUGCGCAGGAUGGAGGCCAUAAACAAGCACAUAGCGGAGACGAGCCAUCAGGAGGUGGACUACCUCUUCUGCCUGGACAUUGACAUGGUGUUCUACAAUUCCUGGGGGCCUGAGACCCUGGGUGAUACAGUAGCAGCCAUACACCCUGGCUAUUUCAAUGUCCCUCGAAGCCAGUUCCCUUAUGAGAGGAGGAGCUCUUCAGCAGCCUACAUCCCUGAUGGAGAAGGGGACUUCUACUACGGAGGAGCCGUGUUUGGAGGGCUGGUCAAGAAAGUUUAUGAGUUCACCAGGACUUGCCACAUGACCAUCCUGACAGACAAAGCCAAUGAGAUCAUGGCAGCCUGGCAGGAAGAAAGCCAUCUCAACAGGCACUUCCUCUCCCACAAACCCUCCAAGGUUCUUUCUCCAGAGUAUUUAUGGGAUGACAGGAAGCCAAAGCCCCCUGAAAUUCACCUCAUACGUUUCUCCAAAGUGGAUAAGAACUACAAAGAGAUAAGAGACUGACCACCUGAUCCCUGAAGAGAUGUUCUCCACACCACCAAACCCACUGAAUAUUAGCUCCCACAGAAUAUGCCCCACCAUGAAGUUUUGUUCCCAGUGUGAACAAAGUGAGAAAGGAACAUGUGGAUAGUUUCUCUGGAGAACAGGAGUCUUAAUGCAUUUCAGAAGCAGCAGCCAAAGUGGAGGUGAGAAUGAAAAAGUUUCCAGGUUCCUAAUCUUUGGAAAUAUAAGCAUCCCACUUCAGGCUGCAGCACACAAAAAGGCACCCCAAAGGCCCAUUAUCAAAUGCAAGGCUGUCCUUAUAGCAAGGCUGCGGCGUGUUUUCUUGAGGCCUAGCAAAAACUUAUGAAGAUCAAAACGGUAUUUGACAUUCCUGUGGAGAAGGAGAAGACCUAGAGUUUUAGUAAAGACCUUUUCACUUAAAAAAAAUUAUGAAUUUGGCAGGGCAGUGAAUUUUCAUGCAGUGUGAUUUAAAAUCACACCCUUUAUCAGGAUCAGGAGGAAACUUGCACUCAGAGCAAGUUAUCCCUGAUUAGUUUAUAGCAGAAUUUCUUGGACCUUCUCAGAAGAGAGCUGAGGGCUGGUGCCAGCCAUUACCAGUAAGAACCCUGGUCUGACAGGACAAAUAGUGUGAAUUCUUAUAGCAAUUAUCUUCCAAAUUCCAAUCUGUGUUACGGAAACCUGCGUUUAGACAGAACUGGCACAGCUCAGACCCAGACUGAAAUUCUUUGGGUUUAUUUCAAUCACAGAUGUGCUCUGAACCUUUUCCCUGGUUCACGUGUCUCUGUAGAUCAUGUAAUCUUUUCCAACACAGAAAAUCUGGGAUUGAGAGGUUCAUGUUCCUAUUCAUUGCUUCAGUCCUUCCCAACUUUUCUAAGCUCCGUGAAGUAAAUUGGCUAGAAGCUGCUGGAACCGACAGUAAGAGCUGAUGCGUUUCCAGCAAACGGGGUGAUUUCAUUUUAUAAUGAAAUGCUCUAGUGAAACUGUGAGUUCAGUCUAGAGCUGGAAGUAAGCUGGGGUUAACAUUUUCUUUGUGUGAAUGCGAUGAGAAGCUGAACCGGGCAUUUUGCAGCCUUUAAAGCCUGACAGCUCACUCGUGUGAACAGGCGAGGGGCGUCCAGACACAGGGGAACAGCCACGGCUUGCCAGUGACGACUGUAUAAUUGUCAACUGAGGUCACAGCAUGGAGGUUCAUGUGCCACCUCCCUUGCCACAGCACGGCUGCCAUAAACAUCUCCUCUGUUAUCUCCCGAGGCGUGCUACCAAAGGGCUGUGCGAGUCUGUGCCAUGCUCUUUUAAUGUCAGCAGGGAGAGAGAGCACAAGGAGCAGUGGGGAAUGGCCAUGCUGAGCGCUGCUGCCAUGCUGUACGGCACGGAGAGGAGAAGCGGGGGUGAAAGGGCUAAGCAGACUGUUUCUAAGGGAACAGUUUUAAAAAAAAAAAAAAAAAGGCUCAUUUGUCAGAGAGAGAGAAAAUGGGGAAGAGGUGCCUGACUGUUCUUGCUUCUCCUCACAUGAGAAAAUUGCUGUAUGGCAGUGUAUCAAGUAUUCAAAGCUUUAGGGCCUCACCACUGAUUGCAGAUGAACUUAACGAGCCAUUUCAUUCCUGUGUGAGCAGGCUGAAAAUGGCACUUGCCAGUGUCAUUGUAGGCAUUUCAUCUUCCAGAUGACUAAUUAGAAAAGCUUUCACGGUAUCCAUAAUAUAGAUAAGGUACACAAAAUACCUCCAGCCCAAAACCCCCAGUGGCAGAUGGGUCUGCUUUAUCCCGCAAAGGGUCUGCCCUAUUAUAUUUUCUCCAGACUGUUCUUAGUGCCGUGCUGCUGGAGGAAGAUACCCCACUUCAUAACUAAACCAGAACUGAAUCUCCCGUGAAGAUGUCUGCCUUUGGUAACCAGGCAACUCAGUUAAGCCAAAAGGGUGAAGAAAGAUCUUUAUCCAAAUAUUUCCGAAAAGAUAUAUUCUGACUGAAGCCAGGAUUAAUACUGUAUAUUUCUUACUCGUAAAACAGUUGUGUCUGAAGGCCAUGACCGAAACCAGGGUCUCAUUAUGCCAGUUGCUAUAUAUAUAUGUACACGUAUAUGGAUUCUUUUACAAGCCAGAAGGAACUGUCUAGUCUGAUCUCCUGCACAGGACAAGCCAGAUAAAAUUAUCUCCCAAUGUCAGUAUCAAGCUCACAAUAUAUGGCUGGGCUGUGCUAGCUUAGAAAAGCCUUCAGACCCAUUAAAAACGUGAAGUGAUGUAGCAGCCACAAGUCCACAGAUCAGCUGUGCCAAUGGCUAAUUCCCCUUAUGCCUUAAUUCUGUUCUAAAUUGGUCUGUGUUUGCAGCCUGUAUUCGCAGCCGUUGGGCUUCAUUCUGCCAUACUAAAUGACUUGAAUUCCUGUGCAGGUGGCCAUAGCCUAUACUAAAUCCACCAUGAGAGGAAGUUCUCCAGCACAAAUGUUGUGUGAUAGAGAGUGGGCUGUAUUUCUGGGGUACCUGUUCUGAAAAACUUUUGUGAAAGGCUUGGUCUCCAGCUCUGCUUCCGACACCUUUUGGCUGAAUCCAAGACCGUGUGAUUGACGUGAUAAUGGCCUGAUUUGUGCAGUGCCAAACAUGUUUAUUCUCCUGGCAGGCCCGCAGCUUCUCCCCGGGGGAAGGUCUUAUGUCACGUUACCUGACACAGUUCUGCUCGACAGGGCUGUGAUUUGAGGCAGUACCGAGAAACUCCCUGUGUCUCCAGGGAGCAGCAGAAUGUGACUGCAGAAACACACUCCCCAGUGCAGUGUGGGAGAUGCUCCCUGAAUCAGCUCAUGCCCUCCUCUAAUUAAUGAAAGCCUGGACUUCUGUUGUCAUCCCCUGCUGAUUAAUCCCCUUCCCCCAACACCAGCGGCAAGCUUUCCUUCUCUCAUUUGGAUUGUGCAGCCUGAGACUUGUGGGCAGUGUGGCAGCUUCACAAGGACCUACUUUCUGAUCUGAAUUCCCCACCAGCAUCCAUUGCUCAGUGGGGAAACUGAGGCAGACAAUUAGCAAGGGAGCAAAUUGGCACUAUUGCAUCUGGGGUCUUCCUCCAUUUGCUACAGGGGGUCAAUGCCAUCUCAUGUGUCCCCGUGCAAAGGGAAUUUGUACUUGGAAACACGCACAUAGUACUGCAUGAAAAGGGAAUCACCACAUGUAAAUAAAUCAUCGGCCGAUUUACACUGCCUGAGGAUCUGAUCGUGCUUUCGAGGUAUUUCUGACUCAAGCCCUGUUUGUCCUUAACCAAGCCUCAGAUCAGUAGCUUGUUGCCUUCCCAAGGGCCCCUUGUUCCAUCCGUCCCUUUCUGCUCGGCUGGAACAGACUCAUCAUUCAUUGUCCAUCUAAUUUAAGAACCCAUCUGACAGGCUUUUUCUUUCCUUGUCCCAGCUGGUGACUUUCCUUUCCCCAAAGGGAAAACUUCUCUGGGGGGCAAGAUACAGAAACUUCCAGCACCGAAUAUGAUCCUAGGUGGGGACAGACCAUGAUCCUCUCGUUUCCCUGCUGAUAGAACAAGAAUCAUUUCCACAAAGCCAGACUUGCACCCUUUUUCACUCCUGUUUGGAUUUCCCUUAACCCUCCCACAGGUGCUGCUGCCUGACAUUAUUGACCAGAAAUGUCAUUUUGAACCACUUUGGUGUGCAGCAAUAGUUAGGAAAGGACUGGCCCAGUCAAACCUUCUCUGGGUGAGAUCUGUGGCUGGGGGACACGGAAAUGAGAUGGUCUUUGAGCAGGCACAGAUGAGGAAGGAUAAGAACAUCAGCUAUUCCCCUGCACAAAACCAGGCUGGGGAAUAGCUGUGUGCAUCUGGCUGCUUUAACACCGCAAAAGCAGCACGGUGGUGGGAAGGAGCUGGAAGGCUGUGAGCUCCCUGCCGGAACGGCUGGUUUUAGUCUCCCACCCUUGUCUUACCUGUUUAGCCUGUGGCUUUCCAAGGAAGGGACUGUCCCUUGUUCUCUGUCCGCACGGGGACUAGUCGUGGUUGCUCACUAGUGAAUGUGAGAUACACAGAAUGAGUUUCUUCCUCAGCAGGGGUUUGCUCUGGUCUCAAAGGGCAGCUCUAAGCACCAGGGUUACUAUUUUCUCCACCCACUGCUCUGCUUCACCUCACCGCCACAGCGAGUCCCCGUGGGAUCCCCAGGGGUGAAACAUGUGGAGAGCAACUCUGCAGGCGGAGUGACAAUGACAGUGACGGGUGCUUUCAGGAACAGCAGGAACUGCAGAAGGAAUUUGCAGGAGUGGGUUGCGCUUUACUCACACUAAAUCCCCAAUCCUGCAGUUCUGCUCCACACGUAGGUCCACACAAUCAAAUAAUUUAGGAAAGCAUUGCUAGCAAAACGCAUCGAAGAAGUGACUUUUAAAUGUCUGCCUACCCACCCGACUCCCUCCUUUCUCUAAGAGUAAUGCUGUACUGACU